UCUCUUUCUUGCUCUUUCCCCUUCUUCUUCGUCUUCCCAGCUUCAUUUUUCUUUUUCAAAUAUUCGCAUUAGAGAAAACUGAUGAGGUAUAAAAGCCAUCCCUCAUCGCAAAUUUUCCAUGCUCUCUCUGAUUGAAAGAGACACUAAUUUAGGCAAAGGAGAUGUUAUACAUGAGGUAGACCUUAGUCUCUGAUCUUCGUUCUUUCCAUCACAAGUCUAGAAAUCUUCUCUCUUCUCACUGAUCUCCACAAGACCAUGAGCUCUUAAAGAUACUAUCGUCAAUAAUAUGGCUUUCUUCCCUGCAAAUUUUAUGCUUCAAACCCCUCACCCAGAAGAUCACCACCACCACCACCACCACCAUCAUCAGCCUCCUUCUCUCAACUCUCUCCUCACUUCAUGUGCUCCACAAGAUUAUCACCAUCACGGGGGUCCUUCUUUUCUAGGUAAGAGAUGCGUGUCAUUUCCAGGAAUUGAACUGGGUGAAGAAGCUAAUAAUGCUGAGGAAGACUUGUCUGACGAUGGGUCUCAGGCGGGGGAGAAGAAAAGGAGGCUGAACACGGAACAGGUUAAGACACUUGAGAAGAGCUUUGAGCUGGGAAAUAAGCUUGAACCAGAGAGAAAAAUGCAGCUUGCAAGGGCUCUAGGAUUGCAGCCCAGACAGAUCGCGAUAUGGUUCCAGAACAGAAGAGCUAGGUGGAAGACUAAGCAGCUCGAGAAAGACUAUGAUGUUCUUAAAAGGCAAUAUGAUGCUCUUAAGGCAGAUAAUGAUUCUCUUCAAGCUCAGAACCAAAAACUCCAAGCUGAGAUAUCUGCACUGAAGAACAGAGAGCCUACUGAAUCAAUCAACCUCAACAAAGAAACAGAGGGAUCUUGCAGCAACAGAAGUGAGAACAGUUCUGAGAUUAAGUUUGAUAUAACAAGAACACCAACUAUGGAUAGUCCUGAUCUAUCCACACAUCAAACAAGCAUAACCUUAUUUCCAUCUUCUUCUGCUUCUGUUAGGCCUCCUUCUGCAUCAGGAGGAGUGGCUCCCCAGCUCUUUCAAGCUUCUUCAAGACCAGAGCUUCAUCAGUGCGAGAAGGUAGAUCAGAUGGCGAAAGAAGAGAACUUGAGCAACAUGUUUUGUGGGAUCGAUGAUCAAUCAGGGUUCUGGCCAUGGUUGGAGCAGCAACAUUUCAACUGAAACAUAUUAUAUAGAUAUGGGGAUCAGCGAGUUUGUUUCAAAUUGAGAUGUAGUUUUUUUAUUCUAUCAUGGGUGAUGAAAAUGAUAUCCAAGAGGGUGUUUAGUAAUUAAUUAUAUUACUACAUACACUUUAUGAUGAGAUCUUACUUGAAAGACAGUUAGAAAUUUUCUUGUGGUGAGGCUUGAAAAGUUUUGUAUCGGAGAAUAAAGUGCCAGUCUUUUUUUUUUGUCCUAAAA